CGGUGCGCCUGCGUGCUGAAACGCACCAGCGGAGCGGUGCUGGCCGGACCGGUCGGCAGUAGGAAGCACGGAGAGGGGACACCCAGGCUGUGGGGCUCCAGGGUAACGGUACCGGUAUCAGCAGCAGUAACGGUGACGUGGUGCGAUGCCGCGCGGGAUCACGGUAACGUAAGAACAGCAGCAGCUGAGGAGGAGGAGGACGGUCGAGACUGAGCCGAGGAGGAUGCAGCAGUGACGGCCUGAUCAGUACCGGGAGGACUGGAACCCAUCCGAACGGAACGCCGCCCGCCCCUGAACCUGCUGGUACCGACCCGAUCUGAUGUAAAGCGGCAGGGAUGGACCGGUAGGCAGGGAGGAGGCGCGAGGAGCGGAGCGGACAGGGGAGACCGACGGAACAUAACGGAGGAGGGAGCGCAAGGAGGAGGAGGAGGGGGAGGAGGAGAGAGGAUGAAUCCGGCGGAUGGAGGAGGAGAUGCGGGCCCGGACGGCCUGGUGACGGCAGGUUCUGGCAAAGCCGAGUCUGUCCGGGCGGUCGAUGUUCUGACGGUGCUCAGAGAAAAAGUGGCCUUUGUGUCGGGUGGGAGGGACAAAAGAGGCGGACCAAUACUGACGUUUCCAGCCAGGACCAAUCACGACCGAAUAAAACAGGAAGAUCUCAGCCGACUGGUUACUUACCUGUCUACUGUACCCAGUGAGGACGUGCGUGCUCGUGGCUUCACCGUGGUGGUGGACAUGCGAGGCAGUAAGUGGGACAGCGUGAAGCCAGUUCUGCGAACCCUGCAGGAGUCCUUUUCCUCCAACAUCCACACAGCUCUGCUCAUCAAACCAGACACCUUCUGGCAAAAACACAAGACCAACCUGGGCAGUGCCAAGCUCAGCUUUGAGACCAGCCUGGUAUCGGUGGAGGGUCUCUCCCGGCUUGUUGACCCCUCCCAGCUUACGUCUGACCUUGGCGGCUCGUUGGAGUAUGACCAUGUGGAAUGGACUGAGCUACGUCUGGGUCUGGAGGAGUUCUCUGGUGCCGCUACGCAGCUUCUGGCCCAGCUGGACCAGCUAGAGGCUGGGCUGAACCGCAUACUGGAGCCUCAGGACGUUGAUGAAGCCAGAAAACUUCUAGAGGAACAUAAUCGUCUUCGCAACACCAUCAGCACCGCGCCAGUCGAUGCGCUUGACCGAGAAGGGCGGAGCUUGCUCCAGCGCAUGCGCCUUGGUCCCUCUCACGGCGAGGGCUCUAAUGAGGGGGGAGGCAGUGGGGGCACCUGGCUGUCAGGAGGGGCAGACUUCCAGAGUGUGGCACCAAAGGUCUCGUCUCUGUUGGAUCGACUGCAGGCGGCUCGAGCCCACCUGCUGCAGAGCUGGAGUGAUAAGAAGCUGCACCUGGACCAGGCACUGCAACUGCACCUAUUUGAGCAGGACGCCACCAAGAUGUCAGAGUGGAUCGCUCACAGUAAAGAAUUGUUCAUGCAGACUGUGACAGACGUUGGUCAGAACCACCAGCACUCUAUGGACCUACAAACACAACACCAGCACUUCACCGCCAACUGUAUGAAUGGCAGCGUGAACGUGGACAGCGUGGUGACCAUGGCUGCAAGACUUGCAGAGGCCGGUCAUUACGGAGCAGAGCGGAUCGCCAUGGUGUCGUCACGGUUACAGGAAGACUGGAAGUCCCUGACCACGGCACUGGAGGAGCGCAGCAACACGCUUGCCAUGGCAACGGGAUUCCACCAGGGGGCAGAGCAGUUCCUUCUCCGGGUCGAGGGAUGGGUUAAAAUGUGCUCUGAGGGGCCGUUGCCAUCGGCAACAGCAGAGCUGGAAGCUGCAGUAAAGAAACAUCAGGAGCUCAAUGAGGAGAUCUCAGCCAACUACACACAGGUGAGUGAAAGUGGGAAAGCAUUACUGGACGUACUCCAGCGCAGCUCGGCCAGUGAGUCUGACGAGUCAGCAGCCAAGCCAGACUUCACUGCUGCCACACACAGCAUCAUGGGCGUUCUGCACCAGGUGAUGCAGGGUCACCAUGAUGUUGAAGGAGCCUGGCAGCAUCGUAAGCUCCGCCUCCACCAGCGUCUACAGCUGUGUGUGUUUCAGCAGGACGUCAGACAGGUGUUGGACUGGGUGGAGCAGCAUGGUGAGGUUUUCCUCAACAAACAUACCGGAGUGGGGAAGUCUCUCCAUCGAGCUCGAGCACUGCAGAAACGGCAUGAUGACUUCCAGCAGGUUGCACAGAACACCUACACUAAUGCAGAGAAGCUCCUGGAGGCAGCAGAUCAGCUGGCUCAGUCUGGAGAGUGUGAGGAGGAGGAGAUCUACCAGGCAGCCCGAGACCUGGAGCUCCGUAUGCAGGCCUUCAUCCAGCGGGUGGAACAGAGGAAGCUGCUGCUGGACCUGGCUGUGUCCUUCUACACUCAUACCAAGGAGCUCUCCGUGUGGAUGGAAGGCCUCCAGAAGCAGCUCUCCCCAGAUCUCCUGGUGUGUCCCAACACCGUAGAGGCUCUGCAGGCUUUAAUCAGCCAGCAGCAGCAGCAGCAAGCCAACACACAGGAAGCUGCGAUGAGUGUCAUCCGGGAAGGAGAAGACCUCAUCUUACAGCUCAGGCCCCAGGGCAGCUCAGUGGCCCAUGUGGAGUCAGUGCUACAGCAACUGGAAGAGUCUCACGCUCAACUUGAGGAGCUUUUCCACCAGAGGAAGAUCCGACUGGACAUCUACUUACAGUUUCGCAUUCUGCAGCAGUGCACGCUGGAGGUUACAGGUGAAAUGGACGCCUGGAAACAAGACCUCCAGAAACAGUCUCAGGACUUUUCCAAUGAGAAGCUAACGUCUCCACGACUAGCUGAAACAAACCAGGACCAGCUAGCCCAGGACAAACUAGCUCUGGGCCAAUCACGUCUAGUGGAGUCUAGCCCAGAAGCGCUAACGCUAGCACAACAGCGCAUUCACAGGCACAUGGAGAGAAGGCUGGCUAUGAACAACAUGAUCUAUGAGGUGAUCCAGCAAGGUCAUGACCUUCAGCAGUACAUCACAGAGGUCCAGGCAUCAGGAAUCGAGUUGUCGGAGGUGGAGGGGAGUCUCUCCUCUCAGGUAGAGGAGCUGCAGCGCCUCCUGCAGGACAAACAGAAGGAGCUGCAGCAGAUUGCUGAUCACACACACACACAUCUGGAGCAGAACCUGCAGCUGAGACACCUGCAGAACCAGGUCAAACAGGUCUUGGGCUGGAUCUCAGAGGGAGAAGUGAUGCUGUCCUCCUGCAUGUUGAACUCCAGCUGUUUGUCUGAAGCUGAGCAGCUGCAGAGGGAGCAUGAGCGCCUCCAGCAGGCCAUAGAGGGUCUUCUCCACGCUGACUCCCUCCAGAGGACUCAUCAGGUGGCGCUGGCGCUGCAGCAGAGAGCGGAGCUGCUGGUCAGGUCAGGUCAUUAUGACCCAGAUGCAGUGAGAGCUUGUGCCCAGACGGUGGCGCUUCACUGGCAGACGCUGAUGCUGAGGAUUGAAGACAGACUCAAACUGGUCAAUGCCUCCGCUGCCUUCUACAGGACAUCUCAGCAGGUGUGUGGGGUCCUGGAGAGUCUGGAGCAGGAGUACCGCAGGGAGGAGGACUGGUGUGGAGGAGGAGACCGCCAGCCUGAGCAGCUGCUGCCACUCAUCAACAAACACAUGGAGCAGAAGGAGGCCUUCCUGAAGGCUUGCACUCUCGCCAGACGGAAUGCAGAGGUUUUCCUCAAGUACAUUCAUCGUAACAGUGUCACCAUGGCGAACAUCUCUGGCCACAAUGUCACUGUUUCCGGGGUAACUGGGGUUAACGAGGUCACUGGGCACUCCAGGGUCCCGGAGCAGCAGGUCAAAGGCAUCCUCAGUGAGCUGCUACAGAGAGAAAACAGAGUUCUUCAUUUCUGGACUUUGAAGAAACGCAGACUGGAUCAGUGCCAGCAGUAUCUGAUGUUUCAAAGUCACGCCCAGCAGGCUCUUGACUGGCUGCAGCAGUCGGGUGACCAUUACUUAGCCGCACAUACGUCGCCAGGGGCAACGAUGGCUGAGACGCAGGAGCUGCUUAAUCAGCACAGAGAGUUCUGUGUUUCUGCAAAGCACACACAGGAGAAGGUUCAUCUACUGAUUCAGCUGGCUGAGAGCAUGCUGGCUAAAGGCCACGCCCAUCGCACAGAAUUACGCCGGUGCGUUUCCGCAGUGGACAAACGUUAUCGUGACUUUACCGUCAGGAUGGGGCAGUACCGACACGUGCUGGAGACGGCACUGGGCAGCAGCUCACAGGACAAUAAGGACUUGGAACUGGAGUUGAUCCCCAACAGCCUUUCCGACUCGGACCCUGAAGUGAACCUGUCGGACCCGAGUCAUCAAGUCAGCGAUGAGAAACGACGCUCUGCCCGCAAGAAAGAGUAUAUCAUGGCAGAGCUCCUUCAAACAGAGAGAAUCUAUGUCAGAGACCUGCAGGAGUGUAUAGAGACGUACCUGUGGGAAAUGACUAGUGGCUCUGAGGACGUCCCACCUGGUCUCAACAACAAGGACGACAUCGUGUUUGGGAACAUCCAGGACAUCUACGAGUUCCACAACAGUAUUUUCCUGAAGGAGCUGGAGAACUACGAGCAGCUUCCUGAAGAUGUGGGACACUGUUUUGUCACCUGGGCGGAUAAGUUCCACAUGUACGUGACCUACUGCAGGAACAAACCAGACUCCAGUUUACUGAUCCAGCAGCAUGGCUCGGCCUUCUUUGAGGAGGUCCAGAGGAGACAUGGUCUGGCGAACUCCGUCUCUUCAGCUCUGAUUAAACCGGUCCAGAGGAUCACCAAGUACCAGCUUCUUCUCAAGGAGCUGCUGGCGUGCUGCGAAGAGGGAAAAGGGGAAAUAAAGGAAGGCCUGGAUGUGAUGCUGAGCGUCCCAAAGAGAGCUAACGAUGCUAUGCAUGUUAGCAUGCUGGAAGCAGGUCUGGAGGAGGGUCUGGAGGUGCAGGGAGAGCUCCUCCUGCAGGACUCCUUCCUGGUGUGGGAGCCCAAAUCUCUGAUCAGAAAGGGGCGGGACAGACACCUGUUCUUGUUUGAGCUGUCACUCAUCUUCAGCAAGGAGAUCAAAGAUUCUUCUGGAAGAACCAAAUACCUGUACAAGAGCAGGCUCAGGACGUCAGAGCUGGGGGUGACGGAGCACAUCGAAGGGGAUCCCUGUAAGUUCGCUCUGUGGGUCGGACGAACGCCUACCUCAGACAACAAGACGGUGCUGAAGGCCACUUCAUUGGAGCUGAAGCAGGAGUGGGUCCGCAGCAUCCGACAGGUGAUCCAGGAGAGGCGGGGCCACCUGAGGGGCGCUCUGAGGGAGCCCAUCCCACUCCCCAAAACACCCAACCCCACACUGGGACGACAGCGCAGCAUCUCCCGCAGGGAUACGAGCGAAGACGCAGACAGUCUGGGUGAUGCCAGCAGUCAGCCCGACACCGUCUCCAUCGCCUCCAGAACCUCUCAGAACACUGCAGACAGUGAUAAGCUCUCCGGAGGCUGUGAGCUAGUGGUGGUUCUGUUGGACUUCUCCUCCGGCGGUCCUGGAGAGCUCAGCGUUCGGUGUGGUCAGACGGUGGAGCUGGUGGAGCGCUCAGCUGACCGGCCCGGCUGGUGUCUGGCCAGAACCACGGACCAGACGCCUCAGCAGGAGGGCCUACUGCCAAUGAGCGCCCUCUGCCUGUCGCACUCCCACAGCGCCGCCGACAUGGAUGGGCUUGUCCCCACCCCCACCACCGCUUCAAGCUCCUCCUCCACCUGCACCACCACCUCCUCCACCUGCAACUCCUCCACCACCACCACCACCAACUCGUCCUCCGCCGUGAGCUCAGGGAGGGAAUCCAGUCUGAACAACUCUGAUGUGUCAGGCCUCCAAAACCAAACCUCCACUCAAAACUCCACCUCCCCAACGGCGUAUGGAGUGGGCGGAGCUCCAGGGGGCGCCGUAGGGUCUCCGGGGCCAAAACGCACAGCCUCUGGAACUGGAAAUACCCUAAAGCGCUGGCUGACCAGUCCGGUUCGAAGACUAAGUCAGGGAAAAGCUGAUGGACAGAAAAAACCUCCAAUCAGAACCAGGAGGCAGGACAACAGGCCAGAGCUAACCACACCCCUCACUGACAAUGCACAAGCGAAGGCGAGGAAGGAGGAGGCGGGGCAAAGUGGAGGGGAGGAGGAGCCUGAGGAGGAAAGCCACACCCCUCUACCACCUCCCAUGCAGAUAAUGAAGGACCCUAAUAACCCAGAGGCUCUGGACUCAGAUCAGGGGUCUAAUGAGUCCGACACAGAACAGAGAAACAAAGCGCUGCGAGGACGGAUGUUUGUUGUAAAUGAGAUGGUCCAGUCAGAGAAGGACUAUGUGAAGGACCUGGGAGUGAUUGUUGAAGGCUUCAUGUCCAGGCUAGAGGUCAGAGGGAUUCCAGAGGAGAUGAGAGGAAAAGACAAGAUCGUCUUUGGAAACAUCCAGCAGAUCUAUGACUGGCACCGCGACUUCUUCCUGGUGGAGUUGGACCGAUGUAUCCAGAACCAUGACCUGCUGGCUGACCUCUUCAUCAGACAUGAGCGCCGACUUCACAUGUACACGGUUUACUGUCAGAACAAACCCAGGUCAGAAUUCAUCGUCAUCGAAUACGAGACUUUCUUUGAGGAGAUCCAGCAUGAAAUCAGCUGUAGGAUGUCUGUCAGCGACUAUCUGAUUAAACCCAUCCAGAGAAUCACCAAGUACCAACUGCUGCUCAAGGAUUUCCAUAAAUACACUUCUAAAGCCGGACUGGACACGGAGGAGAUUGAGAAAGCAGUGGAGCUGAUGUCUCUGGUCCCCAAACGCUGUAAUGACAUGAUGAACCUGGGACGCCUGCAGGGAUACGAGGGGAAGCUGACAUCUCACGGGAAGCUGCUGCAGCAAGAGACCUUCUGUGUUUGGGAACAGGAUGGAGGAGUUUUAUCUCGGAGUAAAGAGCGAAGAGUUUUUCUGUUUGAGCAGAUCGUCAUCUUCAGCGAACUGCUAAGAAAAGGCUCCAGCAAUCCCGGGUAUCAGUUCAAGAACAGCAUCAAGGUGAGUUACCUGGCGAUGCAGGACAGCGUGGACGGAGAUCCCUGUAAGUUCGUUUUGUGGUCUCGUGGAUCCGCAGAACGCUUCACUUUGCAGGCGUCCUCCGCCAGCAUCAAGAUGACCUGGGUGGAGACCAUUGCUGCACUGCUGGACGCCCAGAACAACUUCCUGUCAGCUCUCCAAUCACCCAUUGAGUACCAGAGGAAAGAGGGUGGGAUCUCUGUGACCCGCCCGCUGUCAUCAGGACGACCACCAUCUGCCCCGCCUACUCCUAACGGCCAUGCCACUCAGCCUCCUGCUGACAGCGAUCAGGAUGACCAGGAGCUGGUUCUGGUGCUGCAGGACUUUGUGGCGGUGCGGGAAGAUGAAAUCUCUGUGUUUCGGGGGGAGAAAGUCCAGAUCCUGUCGUCCAACCAGCAGGGUCAGAGUCUGGUUUAUCGUCCGGCCAACAGCGAGUCGCCUGCUGCAGAGGGAUGGGUGCCACGGAGCGUGCUCAGAACACACUGACACUUACACACUCACACACUGACUGCAGGGUCAGAGUCCAGUUUACAAUUUUUACACACACUUAAGUCUGCAAACCAACAGGGUCAAGGACACAACGUGAAACUCAGCGAGAAGCCUAAAAAUGGUGACGUAGACCGGUUCAACGUGUUGGUCUGAAACGAAACCAAAAACUCACCCAUGUUUAUAACCUGAAACAUCAUCCAAAGGUUUCAUUUUGCAGUAAUUUCAGUGUAAAUACAAAUGAACAAGCAGCUUUGAGUUGAGCGAGCAUCCUCCCGUGUACUCCCAUGUGUGCCUUAGUUCUUCUCUGAGUGGAUAUAAAGUCUUAAAAGGAAAUCAGCAAUUUGUUUCAGGGGAAUUUGCUGCAACAAAUGAAGUCGUAAAGCACAGAAUUUAUCAUAAAAACCUCUUAAAGCUGUUUGGAAGUUUGAAACUUAAAUGCAAAACUUAAAUUUUACUUGUCUGCCAUCUCAGGCAGGAUAUUGGACUUUUUUAUUAUUAUUAACGUCCUCAAUCACUUAUUGCUUGAUAAUGGACUGUGUGAUGCAGAUGAUCCUCCACUUUCCCCACACCUGGAUAUUUUACCGUUGAACAAGUCAAAAACUGAAAACCAAAUGCAACUAUUUAAGAGGCAGGAAGUGUUCAAGUGAUAAAGUCUGUGUCAAACUUUUGCUUACUAACUGGAAACCAGUGAGUUUAGUUUAGUUUGCCGGGUGCAGGGACGAUCAGAUGAAUACAUCUGAACAUGUACUAUUCCAGAUUCCUCUCUGGAUCCAGUUCUUGACUUCCUUUGGAUUUUAUUUUGAAAACCUUCCCCAGAACCGUAGAGUGUGCUUGGUUCUGUUUGGACCCGGACUGGUUCACAUCACUAUCCUUUAGGCUUCACCUUCAAGACUGUGGUACUGACUGAAUGUUCUACACACACACACACACACACACACACACACACACACACACACACACACACACACACACACACACACACACACACACACACACACACACACACACACACACACACACACACACACACACACACACACACACACACACACUCACAGCAGCAGGUACUGUUAAACUCUGCCCACUUCCUGGUGCUUUGAAUUUCGGCAAAAACAAAGUGACCCCCCUCUGCCCUCACCUCAUCCAAUCAGAUGCUGCAGCCAACCCAGGAGCAGCCAAUCACACACACUGUUGACAUCACCAUCCAUUUCCUAAGUAAAGCUGUGUGUGUGUGUGUGGGGGGGGGGGGGGGGGGGGGUCCUUGACUUCAUUAUAAACAAAACCACACCCUGAAGCUGCCGUUGCCAAGCAACCAGAGACAGUAUUUAAGACAAGCAAAGCCUCUUGAUGAGAAGAGGAGUGGACUCGUUGACCAAUCAGAACUGAGCUCUUGGUCCUGUUUAUAGUGUGUAUAAAGACUGAGGACACACAUAUACACACUCUGUGCACAUGCCACCCCUCUGAUGAAGAUGACUAUGAGAUCAUUAAGAAUGAUAGGUUCUGUUUUUCACCUCAGUAGAGAGAAGAGACGAGAGAAACUGUUUGUCAAAUUGAUAUCUGUGUAUAUUUGAGUAAGUGUGUGCGAGAGAGAGAGAGACAGAGUGAAUGUGUGUGGUUGUGACACCUUCCUGUGUGUGUUUUUUUCACGGACAGUCAUGGUGUCCUGGUGUAGCGUAGCCAUGAUUACUCGUGUUUGCGGUGAUGCUUUUUUCAUUUUGAGUUUGGAGUUUUUUUUAGCAAACCGGAGCCGCUGCCUCCUACCCUUUCCCCCAUGCCUGGUUGCCCCCGUCGCCGUUACCAUAGCAACCAACAGCGAUGGAGGAGUUGGCAUGGCAGCCCCACCUCCAGUUAGGUUGGAUAUUCUUAUUAUGCAUCCCUUGUUUCUGUAUAUAGACCAGACUCCACAAACUGUGGACUCUAAACACAUCUGUCCCACAUCUGUCUUCUACUGAAACAGAAGCAGUGACCUUCGACCUGUCUCUCUUCCCGUCUCCUUCUCUACCUCUCUGUCCCCGUCUCUCUGUUUCUCUGGUGCCAUUCUCAGACAACACCCUGGUCCUUAAGGAGCUUUGCAGCCUGUCGGUGCGCUGCAGGGUGGUCAGGAUGGAAAGGAGCGCACUACGAAGGGUCUAGGACACACAUAGCACACUGUUAAGGGUUAGGGUUUAAGGUGGAACAGGUUGGAUUAUUAGAAGUCCAUCUUAACACAUAUAAAUGUCUUAACUGUCUCUGAGAUCCAGUUUGUUCUUUGCAGGUUUCAACUAAAAUCAUCACCAGUUACAGAUCGGUCAGACCCACUGUGGCAAAAAUAAGCAUCUUUAACGUCAGAGUUUUGGAUGAAUUUCAACAAAAGUGUCACUAAUUUAACUAGAUUUUAAAAAAUAUCCAAAGAAAAAUAUCUUUUACAACACAGACAUUUUUAACCCAGAAAUUUUUAUUUGCCUAAAAUCAUAAAGUCAAGAGGAAAAGGAAAUUUAUUCAGAAUAAAAAUGAGACAUCUUUAAACUCUAAAAAGAUCAUCUACCCUUUUUGGGCUUCAAAAAUGACCAAACUGCCCCCACUGUCCUCUUGUUAAUCAUCACUGAUGGCUUCACAAAGAGCAUCAGGAUCAACGCUGCUCUGAUGUUUCAUCACAUUACAGAAAACCUUCAUCAAACAAAAACUGGUUUUAUAAAAAAGCACAAGGACGAUCAAAACCAGCAAGUCUUUAGAAAAUCAGCUAAAAACAUCAGAAAAGUUAAACAAAUUCUACCAAACAUCAGCUUCAAGUCAGAAUAAAACCCGAUUCAUUUAAAAAGGAGCCAAAAUUUACCAACAAGAAAAAUGUGUGAAUAAAGAAAAUGCACAAAUUCAGCAAAUACAGAACGUCUUUUUCAAAGUAAAAAUAUGAUUUAAUACAAACAAGUGAAAUCAGCUCUUUGACGUGAAAGUGGUUUAAUGCCGAGUUCAAGUCCCAUAGAAACAAUUCAAAUCAACAGUUUUAUCCAACUAGAAACUGAGAACGGAGCUGAAAAAAACUGCAAAGCUGUCUCAGAAAAUAAGAAACACAAACCCAACAAAGACUAAAACUCCUGAUAUUUCAAUUCAAACUUAAAGACAGAAAAUUCUGGAUUUUCUGAUCCCAUCAGACCAAGAUUCCUGGACUUAUUGGGACACAAAGUUAUCCUUCACCUGCUUGUUCUGAAAUAAUGAUGUUGUGUUUGUUAUGUCGGUGUCAAGAUUAUCGAUGCAAAACUAUUUUUAAAAAAAAAGCCUGAAACCAAUUAAAUCAGCUGAACUCGGAGUGCACAAGUUAAGGUGGCAUUGCAGAGCUCUUGGAAGGGCACAAGAUGGUUAUGGUGCACUUUGAAGAAUUUAAGGUGGAAUUACGUGCACUAUAAAGAGUUUAUGUUUAUUUAUUUAGCAGACGCUUUUAUCCAAAGCGACUUACGAUUUAUAACCUAUAGGGCAUGUUGUGAUCUGUGGGGGAAGCCGGAGUUCCCGGAGGAAACCCACGCAUGCAUGGGGAGAACACGCAACUCCACGCAGAAAGGCCGCAGCCGAGUUUCGAACCUGCGACCUUCGUGCUGCAAGGAAACAGUGCUAGCAACUGCACCACCAUGCAGUUUAUGGCUGGACAAGGACACUGCAAAUGGUUUUAAUUUAAAAGUUGCACAUUUUAAAGUGAUUAAAGAGAAAAUUGUGCAGGUUGGUGAGACUGGGCGGUGGUGCACUAGGCUUGUGUUUAGGUGGAAGGAAGCUCACUACAGAAGGCCUGGAGUCGUGCACGGAGCACUAGAAAGAACUGAAGGUGGUGCUUUAAAGGUGAGGGUGGAGGUGGUGCACUACACAGGACAAAGGGUGCUGUUUGAGACCUCGCCUUGUUGCCACCCGGCAUUUUCAAUGAACCAAUCAAACAGUGUUAUUUGUACAGAACUAACAGCUGCUAACUGAUUGCUAACAGCUCUCUGUUGUUGUUUGUAAUAAACUUCAUUUUUCAUCCAGAA